CUCCCUCUUUAACUGCAGGUCUUGACAUGGGUGCUUACAAGUAUCUCGAGGAACUUUACAAGAAGAAGCAGUCGGAUGUCUUCCGUUUCUUGCUUCGCGUUAGAUGCUGGGAAUACAGACAAUUGAAUGUCAUUCACCGUGCUUCCCGCCCCUCUCGCCCUGACAAGGCUCGUCGUCUCGGCUACAAGGCCAAGCAGGGCUAUGUUAUCUACCGUAUCCGCGUCCGUCGCGGUAACCGUAAGAGAACCGCCCCCAAGGGUGCCACCUUCGGUAAGCCCGUCAACCAGGGUAUCAACCACCUCAAGUACCAGCGCUCUCUUCAAGCCACCGCUGAGGAGCGUGUUGGUCGCAAGUGCGCUAACUUGCGCGUCUUGAACUCCUACUGGGUUAACCAAGAUGCUACUUACAAGUACUUCGAGGUUAUCCUUGUUGAUCCCAACCACAAGGCCAUCCGUCGUGAUGCUCGCAUCAACUGGAUCGUCAACCCCGUUCACAAGCACCGUGAAGCUCGUGGUCUUACCGCCAUUGGCAAGAAGAACCGCGGUCACGGAAAGGGUCACGGUUUCAACAAGACCAUCGGAUCUGGUCGUCGCGCCAACUGGAAGAGACGCAACACUCUCUCUCUCCGCCGCUACCGUUAAAGCACUCGUGUGGUUUACUAACUACACGACUUGUUUCUUUGUCAAGCUGCAGAAUGCCAAUGUUACUCCGGUUGGAAAUAUUGGUUUGGCUUUACAACUCUUAAAAUAAACAUGUUUCAAAAGAACAUUCAUUAAUUGUCGUUACAUAUUUGUGCAAAAUGUUUUAUCUGGUUGUCAGUAUGAAACGUACAAACGGGGCAUGAGAGAUAGCCAAGGCUGUAUCUAUCUCAGCCAUUCGUUGAUAAUGUCAAUGGAUACAAGCAAAUCGGGUAA